CACAGAUUAGUGGCAUCUUUUUCUUGCAUCUGGCUUGUCAUCUGUCGGGUUCCGAAUGCUGGUGAUCGACGUAACAGAUGAAAUAUACUGAUUUCACUAUACCGUCGUCCGAACUGACGCCGUCAUUUCGACACACAGGAAAGGCGAGCAGCUCCCUGUGUGCUCUUCGCGACGACAACCGGACCUGGCUAUUGAAAAGCCAUCGACGGCAGCAGGUUAUCUACGAGGCUUCCGUCGAACAGGCUGGUAGAAGCACAGACCUCCAUGCCGAUGGACGACGCCCACCCGGACGCGGACGUGCUGUCCUGGCACGAGCAGGUUCAACGCAAGGCGUCGCUGCCCAGAAGCGACAGCUUACCACAGGACGAGCAGCGUCCGCGAGGCAAGAGCGCGCCUGGAGUUGCGCCCAACGCACCAACAACAGGCGACACCCCGCCGCGACGUCGAGGCUUCUCGCUGGCGCGUCACCAGUCUGUGCCCAGCAUGUCGGUCGGCAAGUCCCGACGCCGUCGGAAGGUGACGUUCAAGAACAUGUACGCGCCCGACGUGGUGCCUCCGCCUAAAGUGGAGAGUUACGAUGAUCUGGUGUUCAACGUGGCCGGUCUGUUCCACACCACGUCGUUCCUACACGACCCGGAAGACUGGGGGGACGACCCGACCGGCAGCAUGUCGUCCGAAGACGAUUACUACGAUCCGGAACCGCCUCUGGAGCGCUCCGUGCCGCUCAUGAUCGCCGAGUUCCUCUACCGCUCGGCAGUGUUCCUGGGCUACCCACAGGGCGACACCCCGUGGCUUCCCGGAUUCCGAGAGGAGAAGCGAUUUUCCGGGAACGACGUGAAGCGCUGGAGACGACUCGCGCACUUUGACUGGGAGGCGGAGGAGCGGGAGUUCCAGAAGAACCACCGCAAGCCUGCGCCAGUGACAGAGGCACAGCCACGACUCGAUCGUACUGAAUCGGUGGAAUCCAAUGGGCACACGUCCGUCAUGUCGGCGAUUGGGACGAGUUUCCGAAUGCGACGACAGGAGAGUACCGUCAGUGUGGACUCGACGUCGUCCAGCUCGAGUAUGCGCAGUCAGGACAAUCAGGUCUCGGGCAAACCGAAGUUCCGUCGGGCGGUAUCCGGAUGGAUCCGAAAGCAUCGCCGUCAACUCAGUAAGGAGAACAACACGGUGACAGAACAGGCGAGCGAGGACGAGAGCGUCGACACGAGCGACGAGAAGAAGAAGCGCAAACACAAACCCGUGUCGUGGCUCAACCCGCCGCCCAUUUCUUCGUCUCGAGAUCUGACGCUGCUUGUGGACAUUAUCAACUCGUGCGUCUACUGCGGACAGUUCCAGUUCCGGAAACGCGAUAUUGUGCGUCUGUGCAAUAUCAAGACUUAGAUGCAAAUUAUUGCGCUGCUAGCCGAAGGAAGGUAGAAGCGCAAACUUUUUAGUGUUCUAACAGUUUCAUGGCGUUUUGUCAGUCGUGCAUCAAGUUACGAACUGUUUCCAGUAUUUGCCAAACGUUUUCGGUUUCAUAUUUCGUUGUUUCCUUCACUUAUAACUAAAAAAAUCUCCUUAAGUUUUUUU